AUGGGCGGCCUGAUAUGCCUCCCUCCGGCGCUCCUUGAGCUGCCUAGUCUGCGGGCGUUGGACGUGCGGGCAUGUGAUUCACUAAGCGGGGUGCUAGGCGAUGAGACGGUGCUUCAACGCACUGCCAGGGGCUUUGUGACUAGCACUGGCAGCAGGAGCAGCAGCCGUCCUCUGCUUCCUUCCAUACAAAGCAUCAAGAUCAAAGAGCUUAAUGUGGAGUCCUUUGACACGAGAGGGGUUCCUGCAAGGAGAGAGGAGGGAGAGGAGGAGGGGGAGGAGGAAGAGGAAGGAGGGGAUGCGGAAGAGGAAGAAGGGGAGGAGGGAGGCGAUGUGGGUGGGGAAAGGGAAGAGGCGGGCGGGGAGGCACCAGAGGACGAGGAGAGUGGGGGUGAAGAUAAUGACAUUGAUCAUGAGUAUGGCUUGGACAGUGACGACGACGACGACUUUGGCAGACACUGGGGAGGUAAUGAUGAUGACUAG